GCAGGAACAUGAUGCCAAAGAUGAUCCACCUUUCUUCGCUUUCAAAACUUGGUCAGCUGGCGCAAUGUGUCUCGGAGCACCAUCUGUUUUUCGCAGUUUUGAUGCUGGGAUUGUUGACGGCGGCUUCCUGGAUCCAGUGGGGGUGAUGCGUGAACAAGAUGUUGACAAAUACCCUCUAGCACGCGAAGAACGGAAGUUGUGGGCCAAAAAUG